CAGCGUCCAUAUCACACCUGUCCUCUCUCUCACUGAUCUUUUGAAAACGAGAAUGGCUGCUCUUUAUCCCAUCUACUACCUGCAGCAGGAUAUUCUUCAUCGCAUGAUAAUCGCUCAGAUCCGAGGCUGUUGCCAUUUUCUGUUUUAUCUCUGGACUAUGGUCCUUAACUUCUGAUUGCGUGGGUCAGGCCCUUUUUUCAUGCUUGUCUGUUGUCUGUUGUUUCUUGAUAUCUUUGUCUCUAAUAAUAAUUUUGAACACACCCAACACUGGCCAACAACUUUAACUCUUUAUCUACUAGCCUCGUGGAGUGUCUUGGAAGCUGGGAGUUUGGAGGAAUAUUUAAUUUAUUUCCAAAUGGAUAUGUCCUCUUGUGGCCCUACUUUAGAUGUAUCAGAUCUACCAGACACUGAGGUAGCAGUAGACGAGACGGACGGAGCUGCUGAAGAGCAAUCACUGGAAAUAUGGGGCAGAUUCUUCCCACUCCCUAGAGCUGGACUCACUGGAAUUGAUUUCUCAGACGACGAGUAUAUAUUUGGACGGUCCGAAGACUGCGAUUAUUGCUUUGAGAGAAGAGGAGGCACGUCCAACCAGCACUACCCCACCUACUCCAGCACUCACUUCAGAAUAUACAGGGAAAGGAGCAAAACUGAUUCGAAUCAGUUUGUUGUGUUCCUUCAAGAUAAAAGCUCUAAUGGUACUUUUAUUAAUGGCGAUAAAAUUGGUAAAAAUAAGACCCAUAUCUUGAACAACGACGAUGAAAUAUCACUCUCAGUCAAAAACAAUAAAGUGUUUGUGUUUAAUGAUAGAAGUGUCUCAGAACAAAACAACAAUUUACCAGAAGAGUUUAAAGACAAGUACACAAUGUCAAAGCAAAUAGGAAAAGGAGCUUGUGGUAUAGUCAAGUUAGCAUUUCACAGAGAAACGUGCAAAGGCUAUGCUGUCAAGAUUAUCAGCAAGAAGAUGUUUUCAGUUGGACCUCAUCUUGGUAGAGCUGCUAUGGAAGAAGUCAAAAUAAUAAAGGCACUGCAACAUCCGUGCAUAAUUCGAGUUGAAGAUUUAUACGAGUCGACUGAUUCACUUUACAUUGUACUUGAACUCGUCGAAGGAGGUGAACUGUUUGACAGAGUCAUACUAAAUGGAAAGUUUAAUGACAAGGUCGGGAAGCUACUGUUUUAUCAAAUGGUUGUAGCCGUCAAAUAUCUUCACGAUAAAGGUAUAACACAUAGGGAUCUAAAACCUGAGAAUAUUCUAUUGUCGUCUACUGAUGAGGAGACUCUAAUUAAAGUCACGGACUUUGGACUCUCAAAGUUUGUCGGAGAGCAGUCUCUGAUGAAGACACUGUGUGGCACUCCAAGUUACCUUGCUCCUGAGGUGAUCAAGUCGGCAGGUUUGGGUGGAUACAGUAAAGCUGUGGACUGUUGGAGCUUGGGAGUCAUUCUAUACAUAAUGUUAGGAGGGUAUCCACCAUUUUCUGAUGAAAUAAGAGAGCACAGUUUACACGAUCAAAUUUGUCAAGGAAUAUAUUCAUUUCCACCUGCUUACUGGAAUGGAGUCUCUAAAGAUGGUAUUGAUUUAAUUGAGAAGCUAUUGACAGUGGAUUCAAGCAAGAGAUGGACUUCAGCACAAGCACUGGAACACACCUGGCUUAAAGAUGAAGAUAUGAGAAAGAAAGCUCAUCAGAUGAUGAUGGAAACUGCAGACAAACAUCAAAUGCCACCUCCUUCUCUACCAGGUAGUAAAAGGAUUUUAAAUGACGAGAAUAAUAAUAAUGGUGAUUCCAAACGGCCUCAUUUAGAAGGUACUCCUUCUCCAUCAGAUGAUACCAUUAGUAUUGAUACUGAACCUAUAGCAAGGGAUCAAUCUUUCACAUCAAAUCCUGAUACCAAUAAUUCAUAAACUGCACAAUGAUAUUUUUCAUUUUCAACCUUAACUUCUUCCUUUCUUUGCAGAUGUCUAUAUUUGUAUCUCUUUUUGUUGCUUCUUUGGCUAUAGAUUCUAGUUUUCAUUUCCCAA